GCAGUUUAUUGUGAAAAUUUGAAAUAUUUUGUUUUCUUUUUGUAAUUCUGUUUUAUUUUAAUUACAACCAUCAUUAAAUUAUAAGUUUUUCUUUAUAACGUUUAUCACAAAAUACUGUAUAUAUAUUCUUAUGUAUUAUCAUCUACGAGUAAAAUUUCAAAAGACAAUAUGAUGUUAGAGUAUGGCCGAAUUGCAUAUAGUUGGGCAAAUUUUAUCUGCAAAGAAUUUUAAAGAGAUACGUCUAUUCUGUAAAUGGAGUUUUUGUGUAGGUAAUGGUUGGAAAAUUAUAUCAGGACUCGAAGAAGGACAAACACAAGAGAGCUGUGAUUUUUAUGUUAAUAAUCCAAUCUGGGACCAUCCUAUAGACUUGCAUUAUACAACUAAGACUUUACAAAAUUCUCCAAAACUACUGUUGCAAGUAUUUUGCAGAGAUAAUUAUGAAAGAAUUCUUUUUCUUUCAUACGGAAUAUAUAAUGUUCCAUUGUCACCUGGUUCGCACAUACUAGAGUGUCAUACUUGGAAACCUGUUGGUAAUUGGAAAGACAAGCUGCAAAAUAAAUUCUUAGGAAAAAGCUUACAAUUAAAAUCUCCAAAUGUUUUAAUCAACACAGUGGAUAGGUUUGAAUUACUUACACAAAGUAUGGGAACAGUGAUUAUCCACUUGCAUAUACUGUCAAGAAAUUUUGACAAAUUUGGAUGUCAGUUGUAAACUAAUUUAAUACAAAUUUUAAGAGUAACUUACCAUCAAAAAUAAAAAGUAAAGUUAAUCAAAUAA